AUGGAUCCGUUGAAUGGUGAGCCAACAAAACAUCAAAAUUUUAAAACAAAGUUUGAGAACGCUUUGCAAAUUUAUCGUGCUAAUAGUAGUUCUAAAGUGCCUAAAGUGUCAAAGUCAAAGAAAAUCUCAUGGCAAAAAAUAAAGUGUCCUCGUCAAAUUAAUGGCGUUGAUUGUGGAUACUUUGUAAUGCGAUUUAUGAAAGAGGUCAUCAUGGAAAAUGAAUUUAUGAUCCCCACAAAUUACUUUUUUGACCACAAAUGUUGUACCUACUCUCAUGAUAAGUUAACUGAGGUUAAGGAGGAUUGGGCUACUUAUGUGGUGGAUGAUGUUUUCGGAAAACAAGAAGCAAUUAUUUUUCCUAAUUAG